CCGGGCCCCGCGCCCCGCGCCCCGCCGCCGCCGCCGCCCCCGCCGCCGGGGACAUGUCUAACCCCGGGGGCCGGAGGAACGGGCCCGUCAAGCUGCGCCUGACAGUACUCUGUGCAAAAAACUUGGUGAAAAAGGAUUUUUUCCGGCUUCCUGAUCCAUUUGCUAAGGUGGUGGUUGAUGGAUCUGGGCAAUGUCAUUCUACAGAUACUGUGAAGAAUACACUCGAUCCAAAAUGGAAUCAGCAUUAUGACCUGUAUAUUGGAAAGUCUGAUUCAGUAACGAUCAGUGUAUGGAAUCACAAGAAGAUCCAUAAAAAACAAGGUGCUGGAUUUCUUGGUUGUGUUCGUCUUCUUUCCAAUGCCAUCAACCGCCUCAAAGACACUGGUUAUCAGAGGUUGGAUCUUUGCAAACUUGGGCCAAAUGACAAUGAUACAGUUAGAGGACAGAUAGUAGUAAGCCUUCAGUCCAGAGACCGAAUAGGCACAGGAGGACAAGUGGUGGACUGCAGUCGUUUGUUUGAUAAUGAUUUACCAGAUGGCUGGGAAGAAAGGCGAACUGCCUCUGGAAGAAUCCAGUACCUAAACCACAUAACAAGAACUACGCAAUGGGAACGCCCAACACGACCGGCAUCUGAAUAUUCUAGUCCCGGCAGACCUCUUAGCUGCUUUGUUGAUGAGAAUACUCCAAUUAGUGGAACAAAUGGUGCAACGUGUGGACAGUCUUCAGAUCCCAGACUGGCAGAGAGAAGAGUCAGGUCACAACGACAUAGAAAUUACAUGAGCAGGACACAUUUACAUACUCCUCCAGACCUACCAGAAGGCUAUGAACAGAGGACAACGCAACAAGGGCAGGUGUAUUUCUUACAUACUCAGACUGGCGUGAGCACGUGGCAUGAUCCAAGAGUGCCUAGGGAUCUUAGCAACAUCAAUUGUGAAGAGCUUGGUCCGUUGCCGCCUGGAUGGGAGAUCCGGAAUACAGCAACAGGCAGAGUUUAUUUCGUUGACCAUAACAACAGAACAACACAGUUUACAGAUCCUCGGCUCUCCGCUAACUUGCAUUUAGUUUUAAAUCGGCAGAACCAGUUGAAAGACCAGCAACAGCAGGUGGUGUCGUUGUGCCCUGAUGACACAGAGUGUCUGACAGUCCCACGGUACAAGCGAGACCUAGUUCAGAAACUAAAGAUUCUGCGGCAGGAACUUUCCCAGCAACAGCCUCAGGCUGGCCAUUGCCGCAUUGAGGUUUCCAGGGAAGAGAUUUUUGAGGAAUCAUAUCGACAAGUCAUGAAAAUGAGACCAAAAGAUCUCUGGAAGCGAUUAAUGAUAAAAUUUCGUGGAGAAGAAGGCCUUGACUACGGAGGGGUUGCCAGGGAGUGGUUAUAUCUCUUGUCACAUGAAAUGCUGAAUCCUUAUUAUGGCCUCUUCCAGUAUUCAAGAGAUGAUAUCUAUACAUUGCAGAUCAAUCCUGAUUCUGCAGUUAAUCCGGAACAUUUAUCAUACUUCCACUUUGUUGGACGAAUAAUGGGGAUGGCUGUGUUCCAUGGACACUACAUUGACGGUGGUUUCACGUUGCCAUUCUAUAAACAGUUGCUUGGGAAGUCCAUUACUUUGGAUGACAUGGAGCUAGUUGACCCAGAUCUUCAUAACAGUUUAGUGUGGAUACUUGAGAAUGAUAUCACAGGUGUUUUGGACCACACCUUCUGUGUCGAACAUAAUGCCUAUGGUGAAAUCAUUCAGCAUGAACUUAAACCAAAUGGCAAGAGUAUCCCUGUUACUGAAGAAAAUAAAAAAGAAUAUGUCAGGCUUUACGUGAACUGGAGAUUUUUACGAGGCAUUGAGGCGCAAUUCCUGGCCCUGCAGAAAGGAUUUAAUGAAGUAAUUCCACAGCAUCUGCUGAAGACAUUUGAUGAGAAGGAGUUAGAGCUUAUUAUUUGUGGACUUGGAAAGAUCGAUGUUAAUGACUGGAAGGUCAACACCCGGUUAAAACACUGUACUCCAGACAGCAAUGUUGUCAAGUGGUUCUGGAAGGCUGUGGAGUUCUUUGAUGAAGAACGACGAGCACGGUUGCUUCAGUUUGUGACCGGCUCAUCACGAGUGCCUCUGCAGGGCUUCAAGGCUUUACAAGGUGCCGCAGGUCCACGGCUUUUCACCAUACACCAGAUCGAUGCUUGCACUAACAACCUGCCCAAAGCCCACACUUGCUUCAAUCGAAUAGACAUUCCGCCCUAUGAAAGCUAUGAAAAGUUAUAUGAAAAGCUGCUAACAGCCAUAGAAGAAACGUGUGGAUUUGCUGUGGAAUGACAACUUCAAGGAUUUACCCAGGACUCUAUUUAUAGCCUGACGGACAGACAGCCUCCUUUCAGCAGAGUUUCAAGGAAUGCUGAAAUACAGGAAAAUGCCCCCCAACCCCCCCUUUAAAAAAUUUUAGGACACUGUGAGGGGAAAGGACAAUUUUGAAAUUCCUUUUCAAGGAAAAAAAGAGGUCUUUAUGCUUUGCCAUGAGGCCACAUUCAGCUGCUAUUUAAAAUUAGUAUCUUGAACCUAAAGAAUGCUGACUUUUCCUACAUUUCCAGAGUUAGGCAGUAUUCUACACUUAAAGACUACUACUAUUUUUAUAAAAGGUAAUCUAUUCAAAUCACUUCACAGAUUUCAAGUCUAUCAAAUAUCAAGACAACUUCAGCAGUCGGUACAAGUCACAUUUCAUUUUGAAAACAUGAUUUUGAACAGCUCCUGUACUUGCUCUUUGUAAAAAAUAAAAUAAAAUAAAAUUAUUUUGAAUUA